AUGAGUCGAUGCGAUUUUAAAAUUGUUUUGUUGGGAAGCGAACAUGUUGGAAAGACGAGUUUAGUUUUAAGAUUUGUUAAUUGUAGGUUUAAUAGUGGGACGCCAUAUCAAAAUACAAUUGGAGCGGCUUUCUGCGCAAAACAAAUGCAGUCACACGAUAGAGAAUUCAACGUCGGUAUAUGGGAUACAGCUGGCAGUGAGAGAUAUGAAGCGAUGACGCGUAUGUACUACAGAGGCGCGCACGCCGCUAUCAUCUGCUAUGAACCCUCAUCGAUGCCAUCAUGGACGAGGUUACGUCACUGGCUACAGGAACUUAGGACUGUGGAAGAGGAUUGCAAAGUUUAUCUAUGUGGAACCAAGAAAGACCUGCUCGAUUCUGGAUCAGUACAGCGUGAGGUACCCGAAGACAUCAUAGCGACUUACUCUCAAGGCCUACACGGACACUUUCUAACGUCUAGCAAAACUGGGGAGAACGUUGAUGAACUAUUCCAGAAGAUAGUCGAUGAUUGCGUAGGAGAUUUAAGAGUUAUGAAGAACGUGGAAGAAGCAAGGGUUAAUUUACAGAAAGAAGAUUAUGAAAAAAAUAAGAACUACUGCUUUUGCUGA